AUGGGUGGGGGCGACUUGAACAUGAAGAAGUCGUGGCAUCCGCUCCUGAUUAAGAAUCAGGAGCGGGUGUGGUUGGAGGAACGGAAAGCUCUUGCUGAGAAGAAGAAGCUCGAUCAGCUGAAAAAGGAGCUCGAGGAGGAACGCCACAUGCAAGAGCUGCAGCGGCUUCAGGAGGAGCAAACGGGAAAGAAGAGAACGGAGAAAUUAGAGUGGAUGUAUUCUACUCCCGCGACAGGCGGAAGCGCCAAUCCAAAUGAGCUCGAGGACUAUCUCCUUGGGCGUAAACGAGUGGAUAAGAUUCUUUCAGGUGACGAAAAUGCAAAGCUUGGCGCUUCGCACAAGAAUUUCAUUGCUGUUCAAAACGCAAACUCUGCUCGUGAUACAGCUGCCAAAAUUCGAGACGAUCCUCUACUAGCUAUCAAACAGCAGGAGCAGGCAUCCUAUCAGGCACUCAUGUCGAAUCCCCUUCGUCUCAAAGCCUUGAAGGAGAGGGCUGGGAUCGAUGACAACAAUGACCGGAAGAGGGAGAGAAAGCACAGGCACCGUCGUUCAGAUGACGAAGACAGGGAUAAGCCAAGGCGUCACCGAUCCCGAUCCCACUCAAGGGACAAACAUAACGAUCAUUAUUCCAGGAAUUCCUAUCGCUACCGCCGACGCUCAUAUUCCAGAAGUCCGGCAAGACCCCGUCGAUCUGCGUCUCCAGCACCACGCCGGGACGAAUAUGAAUCCCACGAGCGACGUCACAAUGUGAACAGGGAAGAUCACUACCGUCGUUCGCGCUCUCCCGAUAAUCAAACGCGAAGGUUUCCCCGAAGCGAUGAUAGGCCGCGCGAACGGAAUAUCAGCCGUGAUGAGGUGCCAAGCUCUCAUGCGCACCGUUCUCGUUAUUCAAGUCCUCCCUCCCGCUCUGCUCCCCGUCCGAACUCGCCUUCCCAUUCAUCCCGACCUUCAUUGCCGACUGAACAAGAGCGAGCGCGGCGACUUGCUCAGAUGUCUGCUAAUGCUGAAGAGCUUGACUCCUCCCGCACCUCCCGGCUGGAGCUUCUCAGAGCCCAAGAGGACAGGAGCGCCUUCAAGAACGGCGGUACGGGUGACUUUAUGCGAGCACAAAGCAAAGCUGUUUACAGUGGCAGCAUUGGCCUUGAAGAGAGGCUGAGACGUAAUCGGGGUGUAUUAGUGCGAGAUGUCGAUUGA